AGGUAGGGAGGCACGAUGGUACCAGAGCCGGCCUGUCCACGCCGAGCACGUGACGUGGCUGAAGGUAUAAGAGGCAGCGAUGCUCACAACAACCCCAAAAUCUCCCACUACCCCGGACCGACGGCCAAGAUGAGAUUCCUGGUGCCGCUGUGCGUUUUCCUCGCGGUGACAGCGUUUCACUCCGCUCUCUCAGCCUCUCUGGAAUCUGCAGAGAAAGAUGAAGAGGUUGCUCAGGACGAUGGGAUGACUGAGCUGAAGAAAAUAGAUCAGAUGGAGUUCGAGGCCGCUCAAAAGAACGAGGCCGCUCAGAUGAAUGUCACAGAGGAACAGAAUGAGGAAACCCGCUACCUUGAGGCUGCUCAAGAUGGAUCCGUAGAGGAACAGAUUGACGCUGAGGACGACAACACGGCAGAGGGAGGUGAUAACUCUGACGCACCGGCUCUUGAAGAAUCCCAGUCGGAGUCCUCCGAGGAAGCAGAUGAGCACCACGAGGCCACAGUGCCGGAGACCGUGAGCAGUUUGGAUCAAGUCAGUCACGAUUCAACCAAGUGGGAAGCAGGUGGAGACUUGUUAAUGCUACACAGUAAUAAUUCACCGCAGGCCUGAAUGCAGGUGUCAUCUGUUCAAUCCAGAGACGUCCAGUAACUUAUUUUGAAGCGAGACCUGGUGGUACCUGCUGGGGCGAGACGUGGGGAGAACAGUGAAAAGUCAAAUUGUAGGUUACGCAAUGAACCGAGUGUGAACAGUACAGCCAGUCAAAGCCAGUCCCGGCUAGUUUUAAAAAGUGUCAAGUUCCUCAAGAGCAGUUAUGAAAUGCACUAUUCGGCCGCUUGUCAAAACAAGAAAACGUCAGAACAAUUGUUGUCGAGACAUUUAAGUCCCCCCAGAGAUCAGCUGGCUCCUUGACCCCCAACAAUAAGAUGCUGGCAUUGCUUAUUGGAGCAUGCGAGUAAAUCUAGGACGCGUCUGUCCCCAGGUAGUUACCGUGCUUGAUUUAUGCACCAUCACCUGCCUCUGGUUAUUUCUGGACCAAGGAUGCAGCGUCCCUGUAUUAAAAAUGCCACGAAGGAUUUGUUUUCCAAUUGAUAAAAUGCGUCUGACCCGAGGGCAUCGAGGCGGCCAUAGCGGUUGUGUGCCGUAAUGGCUUUGAUGAAGACAGUAGAAUUCAUACCCGAGUACACAGGUUUUUAAAAAAGAGAGCAAUCAUCCUGCAGCAGUAAACCCCUCCCCCUGUGGGGAUGGAACAGGCCUCCCUUUGUGCUUCACAGCAGUAACAUCACGCACUGGCGCUGCCGUCAUUCACCACUAACCAGCGCAGGAGCGAAUGAGUCACAUCCCAAAGACCCGGAUGUGAUGCAUUUGUUCGGAGUGCUGGAAAUCGACAGAAUCGGUAAAAGCUGGCGUAAAAAGGAAUUCCCUCUCUGGUCUGUCCCUGCGUCACAGAUGUGCCGGAGUGAGAGCGCGCAGCCGAGCGUGGACCCCGACCCCCCCGCUCACCUCCCGCAGCCCUGGGCCAAUAAAAAGGGACUUAUUCCAGCGA